UGUCAUGAACGUCAAUCAGAUGUCAUAUUUUCAUUUCAUUUGUUUCGUCAAACAAAUAAAAGAUUGUAGAAAUUCUAGAAAAUUGACCUACGUAUAAUUGGAUUUGUGGCUAAAUCAUUGCAAAAACAACGCGUCCACGUAAGAUGUUAUUAGUGAAUUAGCGACUCGAGUAGUUUGAACCGCAGCAACAAUGAGUAAGCAUAUGUAUUCGACUGCUAAUCUUACUGACAAAGAGUUAAAGGAACAGGGAAACAGGCUUUUCAGCUUGCGACGGUAUGAGGACGCUAUGAAUCUAUACACGAAGGCUAUUAUCAAGAAUCCUUCAGUGUCCACGUACUUCACAAACCGUGCGCUAUGCCACCUGAAGAUGAAGCGGUGGGAGGCGACGUGCCAGGACUGCCGGCGCGCGCUGGACAUCGACAACAACCAGGUCAAGGGACACUUCUUCCUCGGACAAGCACUUGUGGAGCAGGAGUACUACGAUGAAGCUAUCAAGCAUUUGCACAGAGCAAGUGACCUGGCCCGAGAACAGAAGCUGAACUUCGGGGACGACAUUGCGGCGCAGCUCCGCAUCGCCAGGAAGAGACGCUGGAACCUGCAGGAGGAGAAGCGGAUAGCACAGGAGAUCGAACUACAGUCUUAUUUGAAUAGGUUAAUCAAUGAAGACAUGCAGCGUAGAAUAGAAAGUCUUAAAUUAGGUAGCCCUAGCGAUGAAGAAUCUAGUAUGAGUGUGGCUAAAAUAGAAGAGGAAUCUAAUAAUUACAGUAGUGAACUAAACAAUUUGUUUGCCAAAGUUGAUGAUAGGAGAAGGAAGCGCGAGGUGCCGGACUACCUGUGCGGCAAGAUCAGCUUCGAGAUUCUGAACGAGCCCGUCAUCACGCCCAGCGGCAUCACCUACGAGCGCAAGGACAUCGAGGAGCAUCUAGAGAGAGUGGGCCACUUCGACCCGGUGACGCGCGUGAAGCUGACGGCGGACCAGCUCAUCCCCAACUUCACCAUGAAGGAGGUGGUGGACGCCUUCCUACAGGAAAACGAGUGGGCGCUCGACUACUGAGUUGUAAGCUUCAGUUCUUUCAUGUAACUAUACAGGGUGUUGCAAAAAGGGUAUAUCAAGCCGAAACCAGCAUGUGCAGCAUGUUAUAUCUAAGCCCGAAACUGAAAUCAGAAUUUCAAAAAAGUUUACCGUUUUCGAGUUAUUGACGAUUAAAGUUUCAAAAAAUCAUGCAGAAAAAAAGUGGUCUAACAACCCUAAAACAGCUGAUUACAAGACCCACUGACAUACAUGUCAAUGAACUCUGUCUCUGUUACUAGGACAUCAUGCACAAAAUUUGAAUCAUUGCCAUUUUACCCCAUUUUCUCUUUUCCCUAAAAGUAGGGAAAACUAAUUCACAACAGAAUUUGAACUUAGCUACAUUUAAGUAAGUGCUUACAUGUAGUGUUCAGGAAAUGUAAAACUAAGAUAAUUCAUAGGUACCUACAAUUGCCUACUACAGCCUAGAAUCAAAUUAAUCGUGUAACUAGGUAGGUACUUACGUGCGACAUCCAAAAUCCCGAAUAUUCCGAUAAACACACAUAACACAAUCACACCUACCCACUAUCACUUGGUUUUGACGCACAAUAAAUUUACCUACUUACCUAAUUCUACCAUAGUAGUAAAUUGAAAACUGUCUUUACAACAAACAUUUCGCGGCAGAAAUAUGUAAAAGCACUACACAGUCUACACUUGUGUAUGCUUAAAAGUUUGCAAUGUGACUAAAUCAAAGUACCUAAAUAACAACGAAAUGUGCAUUUGAUGGAGCCGCCGCGCCGCGCCGCCUUUGAAAACGCCGCCUGACGCUGCCGGCCGCGCCGCCGCGCUGUGCCGCUUAACUUCUUUGAUCUAGUUGGGAGAAUAACGUAUUUCCUAUUCAUACCUACCUACUGAUUUUCUGUUAAACGCGAGCGCAACACACGGGUCAAUGCAGGUGUGUAGGUACUUACUAAUGAAUCACAUCACCUCAACAAUCGCGUUCUGCCAAUGCAAAUUUUAGGUAAUUUAUUUAUUUGUUUCUGGUAUCCCGUAGGCACUAUCUUAUCUAAACCAUUAUUAAACAAAGAUAGAAAUAAGUUAAAAAGAGAGAUGAGAGUUUUGACCAAUAACAAAAGCAAUAAAUAUUUAUUACUUUUCACCAAUGGUUCUCCAACUUUAAGAAUUCGCGCGCAGGCAGCGCAUAUGCCCGCCUGGUACCCUGGUAGUGAGUCCGCCGACGCGACGCUUGUUCAAACUGAUAAUUACCGAUUUCCAUUAGGUACCUACCAAAAGGAAGUGAGAAUUGCAUGAAAAGAGGCAUUGAGCUCCUUUCAUACCAUGAUACCAGUGACGUGAGGGAAUAUUUAGAUUAGUUUUGUACCUACUUAAGAAUAACUCGGUUCCUAAUAAGCUUUCACCACUUAGGUAACAAAACAAUGUACCUACCUACCUACUAUGUGGUAGUAGUAGUACAAUGUACUAACCUACUUUUAUAGGUAUUUUAUUCAAGAAUUCGAUUCUUCAGUGAAUUAUUACUUACUUUCAUAGUGUGAGUAAUAGGUAUUAAUACCUACUUUUACCUUCAUAAUCAUAACCAAUACCAACACGACGGUGACAAACCCUAGUUCAGCUCUAGUAUUUUCACCGACACGCUUAUAAGAAUAAGUACCUAGGUACUUACCUACCUCUACGUAUGGGAUCCACUUCGCCUGAAAGAACUUUGAGAACCAUUGAACUCAGAUUGUCCUAGUAAAAGUAACUACAUUAUUAAGA